CGGGGGCGGCACCGGACCCGGGACCGGACCCCCAGCCCCGCAGCCCCGCAGCCUCGCAGCCCGGGCGGACGGCAUGGCGGGGCCCCGGGCCGCGCUGCAGGCCUGGUGCCGCCGCCAGUGCGAGGGCUACCAAGGCGUGGAGAUCCGGGACCUGAGCGGCUCCUUCCGGGACGGCCUGGCCUUCUGCGCCAUCCUGCACCGGCACCGGCCCGACUUGCUAGAUUUUGAUUCCCUCUCCAAGGACAAUGUGUAUGAGAACAACCGCCUGGCUUUCGAGGUGGCGGAGCGGGAGCUGGGGAUCCCCGCCCUCCUGGACCCCAACGACAUGGUCUCCAUGAGCAUCCCUGACUGCCUCAGCGUCAUGACCUAUGUGUCUCAGUACUACAACCACUUUUCCAGCCCCAACCGAGCUGAGUCUCCUUCACCGCCCAAACGGCCGGCAGCCCCCGCGUCUUCCCCACCUCCCGCUCCCACGAAGGCAGAGUCGGGGCCUGAUGCCCCUGUGCAGGAUGAGGAUGAAGCAGUGGCGGCGGCCGAACAGGCCCCCCGUGGCACCCCCGGGGACGCCCCCAGCAGCUCCUGUGCCAUCUGCCACCAGCACGUUCACCUAGUGCAGCGCUACCUGGCCGAGGGCAAGCUGUACCACCGCCAGUGCUUCAGGUGUAAGGAGUGCUCGAGCACCCUGCUGCCCGGAGCCUACAAGAGCGGGCCGGAAGCGGGGACCUUUGUCUGCACCCAGCACCGGGGCAGGCUGGGCAAGAGUGUCCGGGCGGAGGGCAGGCCCGCCGGGAACCCCCCCGGCCCCAGGCAGAGCGCUGAGGCUGGCGUCGCCAGCGUGGGAGAGGAUGCCCCCGUCUCGGGCCGAGAUCGGAUCCGCCCGGUUGCCGGAGGCCCGGCGGAGAGACUGCAGCUCAGCCCCGACUCCCGGCCCCAGACCCCGCCCAAGCCCCCGCUCCCCGCCAAGCCCCUGGAUCUGCCCAGCACCCCCGCCGGCCGCCCAACCCCGGCUCCGAGGAGGAGCGUGGACGCAACCAGCCCGUCCCCUGGAGUCCAGCCCGUCCCCCGGCCCAGGAUCCAUGGGCUGGGGGAGAGCUCUGGAGAGCUCGGGUCCAGCCUGGUGAAUGGAAGGUUGCAUGAGGCCAGCCCUCCGGUCCCCAAACCAAGAGGGACGCCCAAGCCCCCUCCUGAGCGAGGGGCUGCCCCCAAGAAGCAGAAAGACCCUCCCUGGAUCGCCCUGGUCCAGUCGGAGCCCAGAAAGAAACCAGCCCCCCGACCCCCUGGUAGCAACAAGGAGCCCCCCGCCCAGGCCGAGGAAGAGGAGAGCCAGGCUCAGGCCCAGGAGAACCAGCCAGUUGGCCGGGGGGACCCCAAACCCUACAAUCCCUUCGAAGAUGACGAAGAGGAAGAGGAAGCCCCGCCCGCCGGACCUCCCGCUGCCCCCGAGCGCGGCGAGCUGAACCCCAAACCCCUGCACCCCUGGUACGGCAUCACCCCCACCAGCAGCCCCAAGACCAAGAAGCGGCCGGCUCCCAAAGCACCCCAAGCCUCUCCGCUCCCCCCCCACGCCGCCCGCCUCCCGGCCUCCCGCCUCUCUCACUCGGAGCCGCCCUCCUCCACCCCGUCGCCGGCCCUCAGCGUGGAGAGCCUGUCCUCCGAGACCUCCGCCAAGGCCCCGGGGGAGUCGGACGCCGCGCCCGUGCCCAAGAGCUCCUCCGAGCCGGCCGUGCACGCCCCCGCCGCCCUCGCCCACAACUCCUCCCUCUCCUCCUCCUCCUCCUCCACCUGCUCCUCCUCCGGGGAGCUCGUCCGGCCCGGCCCGGCGGGGACCCCCCCGCCCGGCCUCAGCUCCCCCGCUCACAAUGCCAGGAGCAGCCCCGGCCCUCGGCCCAGCAAGCCCCGCGGCGGGACCACCCCAUCUCCUCUGCUGCCGACCCCCGAGAGGAGUCCCGGGAGCUCCCCGCAGCUGCUCGUGAAGUCUUCCUGCAAGGAGAACCCCUUUAACCGGAAGCCUUCCCCAAUGGCCUCGCCUUCAGCGAAGAAACCUCCCAAGGGGUCCAAGCCAGCGCGACCCCCAGCCCCUGGACACGGCUUCCCACUCAUCAAGCGCAAGGUCCAGUCUGACCAGUACAUCCCGGAGGAGGACAUCCACGGGGAGAUGGAGGCCAUCGAGCGGCAGCUGGACGAGCUGGAGCACCGGGGGGUGUCGCUGGAGGAGAAGCUGCGCAGUGGGGAGAACGACGGUCACGAGGACGACCUGCUGGUGGACUGGUUCAAACUUAUCCAUGAGAAGCACAUGCUGGUGCGCCGGGAGUCCGAGCUGGUCUACGUCUUAAAGCAGCAGAACCUGGAACAGCGUCAGGCAGACGUGGAAUACGAGCUGAGGUGCCUUCUCAACAAGCCCGACAAAGACUGGACGGAGGAGGAUCGGGGGAGGGAGCAGGUGCUGAUGCAGGAGCUGGUGACCAUCAUAGAGCAACGCAACGCCAUCGUCAACUGCCUAGAUGAGGACCGGCAGAGGGAGAAAGAGGAGGACAAGAUGUUGGAAGCCAUGAUCAAAAAGAAAGAGUUCCACAAGGAGGCCGAACCCGAGGGGAAGAAGAAAGGAAAAUUCAAGCCCAUCAAGGUGCUAAAACUUCUGGGGAACAAGCAUGACUCCAAAAGCAAGUCGCCCAAGGACAAAAGCUAAGAGCCGGGCCCAGCCAAACGGGAGAUCUGGACAGACGGGAGGCCCGGCCGGCCGACGGAGCCUCUGACCCUCACCCCUGGUAGCCACGGGCCCUGUCGGUUAGCCCCCCGCCUCCCACCCUGCCCACCGGCACGGGUUCUGGCCGAGGCAGGGGCGCCCUCUUCUCUCCCCUGAGGAGGAUUUCAGGAUCUACCCAGAAGAGGGAGGAGGAGGAAGCGGGGCUCUCCUGGACCGUGGCCUUCCCCUUUCUCAAGACCUUCGGGUUGAGCCCCCCAAAGAGCUCCCUGUGCCUCCCUCUCUCUCUGCCGUGGGCAGCAACGGACGCUGCAGCUGCCAAGGAGAUUCGAUCUGGAUGGAUUUCUUUAGUGACCACGGUUUUUAUUCCCGACUAGCUGAGCGGUAGAGGAUCCAGAUGGCGGCGGGAAUCUUGCACUACCGACCCCUGACCCCGUCCCCGCCUCUGCCCCUGCCAAACUGCCGCAGCUGCCUCUUCCCUCCCCACCGCUCCACCUCCGCCCUCCCCUCCCAUCGCCGUUCGAGAAACGGCUGGCAAUUUGUACCUUUCACCGCCGCAGGUUCAACUGCAGUCGGUCCCCAGCUCUCCUCCCUUCACGCCUCCUCCGCUCCGGGCCCGUGGCGAUGAUGGGGGGGGGGGGUCAAGGAGCAGCGCCCAGCUUCCUUGGCUUUUUCUCUGAGCCCAGGGGGUUGGUCUCCUCCUCUCCAAGAAUGGGCAUCCCUCUGCUCUGGACUCUUGCUUCGGCCUCAGGAUUGGAAGCAGGAGGCACUUUCUCCUUCUGACCCUCCCCCCCCUUAAAAACACUUUCUUCCUCCUUGCUUUGGAGAUAUUUAUUAAGCUGCUUGACCAGUCUGAGUUAAAGGCCGAGUUCCAGCCGCGGUGGCUGCGUUCGGAUUUCCGGUAGGGCUCCUGAGGGGGGGCCGCAGAGCCCCCCGGGUCUCGGUAAACCAGGCCUGGGGGCCGAGUGCCUUCUUUCCUCCCUUGUUCCCCCUCAGAGCACCAAUGGAAAGGACGCCGAUCUGUCCCCUUCACUGACCUCUCUGGGCCCGUCCCCCCCAGCCCAGCCAACUCAGAACCAACGGGGGGUGACCGCUCCUUUCCGAGGCCGUCUCUGGUCCGGAGGACUUCCCUGGUGGUCAGUUGCCAAAGGUUCUAUGAACAACAGCUUUUGGGCUGUGCUUCCUUCCGCCUACCUGUGAAUGAGGACCGAACCGUACCAACUCCCCCGGGGAGGUCUGUCUGCACAACAGUAAAUGGAAAAUGACUGUAUUUUUGGCCCUCCACCAGCCACCUCGUGUUCUCCCAGCAGCCAGCUCUGCCUGCAACUCCUACCUCACUGUCCGGUGGGCGGUAUUUCUGUUCAGUCCAGAGGGUGCACAGCCCAGCGCUCCCGCACCCAGGAGGCGCUCAAUAAAUGUUACCGAUCGAUG